UUUCCUAAAUAAAGGAAAAUUAAUGCCAAAAUGUUGGUCGGUAGACUGCUCCUGUUCUCAUCAUCCUUUUUCUUUGUGAUGUCACAAGACCUAUCAGAAUUACAGACAAAGGCAGAAGAAAAAAUAAAGAUUCGUAUUCGGGAUGGACCCACAAUUUCUGAAGGCCGUGUAGAAGUUUUACACGAUGGAGAAUGGGGCACAAUAUGUGAUGAUGACUGGGAUUUGAACGCAGCACAAGUUGCUUGCAGAAUGAUGGGGUUCGAGGGAGCGUUAGAUUUUGCACACAGUGGAAAAUAUGGACCAGGAGAAGGUCUGAUACAACUAGACAAUGUCCACUGCGAUGGCGAGGAGAAAUCGUUGCAUGAAUGUGAGCACAGAGGCCUGGGAGUCAGUGAUUGUUCGCACCACGAAGAUGCCGGAGUGAAGUGUUCGCCGAAAAAGUUACCGGAUUACUUGACAAAGCAAUGGUUUGCAGCCUCUGCCAGCUUCGAUCGUAUGCGCUUGAAGCCACCUCGUGGUAUGAAAAAACGGCUCCCUCAAAUAUUUGGUUACGUAGAAAUAUUCCACGACGAAAAAUGGAGACACAUUUGUACAGAUGGAUGGAAAAAAGAGAAUGCUCGAGUUAUUUGCGGACAACUUGGAUUUCCAGAUGCAUCGGAUAUCGGGCAUAUGUACAGUUAUCUUACCGGAAAAAAGCAAAAGCAUCGUAAUCAUUGGUUGACAAAUUUAACUUGCACCGGCGAAGAAACUAAAUUGGUUGAAUGUGACUAUGGUUUACUAAACUACACUGCAAGUGAGAGUUGUGCAACUGGAGAAGCUGCGUUGAUUAGGUGCACACCGGGAGAUUCUUACACGUUGUCCGCAAUCAAAAAAUCAAUCAGGAAUCAGAAGGGAGGGAGGCACCAUGUACCACAGCGUUAUACGAAACCCCACGAACUCAUCAGACUUAAAUCAGGAUCUACUGUUGGUGAAGGGAGAUUAGAAGUAAUGAGGAACGGACGAUGGGGAACUGUCUGUCACAGUUAUUUUGAUAUUCGUGACGCGACUGUUGCUUGCAGACAACUAGGGUUCGGAACAGCGAAACGAGUUUACCCGGAUGCGUACUUUGGAAUGGCUCACGGUCCAAUCUGGAUGACAAACCUGAAUUGCAAUGGGAAUGAAACAAACUUGGAAGACUGCAAGCAUGAUAAAAUAUCUGAACAUUACACUGGGUACGGUGGAGUCAAUGAUGGUUGUACACAUACACAAGAAGUUGCGAUUGCAUGCCAUGUGCCUGACUUGAAUAUACAGAGAAGGAUUCGAAUAGUUGGCGGAAGAAAUCCAUUGGAAGGUCGAGUUGAAGUCCAGAUAGGAAAGAAGUGGGGACCAAUAUGCAGUGAUAUGUGGACGGCUAAAGAAGCGAUGGUCGCCUGCAGACAACUUGGUAUGGGAUACGCUCUACAUGCACUAAAGGAAGUAUGGUAUUACCCCGGAAGUGAUGACGCGUCUUCUCUGAUGAUGACAGGGGUCGAAUGUAAAGGUGAUGAGAUAGGAAUACAAUAUUGUCAUCAUGAUGGGAAGAAACUUAGGAAAUGUGGAGACUCAAAAAGAACAAUGACACCAUUUGCUGGAGUUAUAUGCACUGAAGGAUCGCCGGAUCUUAUCACGGACAUCCCAAUGCUGUCUGAUUCAAUUCAUAUGGAAGAUAGAGGGUUAAGUAAUCUUAUAUGCGCAGCUGAGGAAAAGUGUCUCUCGUCAUCUGCUGAUGAACUCGAUAUGCGAACAAGCUACGGACAUCGACGUUUACUAAGAUUUUCAUCAAGAGUUUGGAACAGAGGUCGUGCAGAUUUCAGACCAGCAAGAUUACCUAACGAUUGGGAAUGGCAUUCAUGUCACGGGCAUUUCCACAGUAUGGCUGAGUUUACUCACUACGAUAUUCUGAGUUUAAAUAAAACUAGAGUAGCCGAAGGACACAAAGCAAGUUUCUGUCUCGAAGACACUCACUGCGAUGACGGUGUUUCAAGAAGAUACGAUUGCGAUCAGCCAGGAGGUGGAACUCAAGGAAUUACAGUGGGAUGUUCUGAUACCUAUUUGUACAACAUUGAUUGUCAAUGGAUCGACAUAACAGAUUUACCGGGGGGAAAUUACCUGUUCAGAGUUCAUGUGAAUCCGAAUCAUCUUGUCCCGGAAUCUGAUUUCUCAAAUAACGAAGUGAUUUGUAACAUGAGAUAUGAUGGUCAACAAGUCUGGGUUUGGAAUUGCCAUAUAGGCACAGAUUUUGAUCCAACUAUCACUGCCAACUUCUACACCGAGAACAUGUUUCCAUGAGAAAUAGAACAAGUUCUAGAUGUCCGAGGAGACGAUGCUACUCGUUUGCACUUUACAGAAUUUCCAAUGUCUGCGACAGUUUUGACAAUACCUGCCUUUACACCUUUCAAUAUCAACUAAUUAACAGGCCAACGCUAACUUGAUGAAAGCGCACAAGCCGGUUUCAUAUCGUAUACUGAAGCCACCAUUUAUCGAUAUUUACUACCUUUGGGUUAACCGUUGAACAUAUGUUAAUUCAAUUGCACUUCUUGCACUAAUAUUUUUGCUACGAACUGGCUAAUUAUACCCUAAUUAAAAUCUUAUUUGCCAAAUUUAUCCCCAAAAUAUACCUUGCCGGAGCUGCGCACCCUCACAUCAUAAUUGACACUAAUAGCCUAUAAUUGACACUGCUGUUUGUAACUUCUGCCUCCAUUUUCAUGAUGCUUCUGCUAUAUUGCAUUCAUAUUGAAUGGACAUGCUACAUUUUGUUCAAUAUAUUAAAUAUAAAGAAUAA